AUGUCUAAGCUAGGAAAGAUAAUAGAAACUCAAGAACUAAGACUUAAAGAGUUUCAAAAUGACUAUGAACAAUUCUGUGAAAAAAUAGGAAAGGAUACCGCGGCGCGAUCUUCAAAAGGUUUCAUGAACACGUGGCUGGUAGAGGUUGAAAAUACUUUCAAGCUAGCAAAGAAGGACCACACGUCCAUUGUUAAUAACUCUGCUGACCCAGCAAAAGAAAAGUAUCUUGAAAGUGAAACCUUUACAAAAAUUAAACUGAUUUAUUUUGACUUUAAUGGCAAAUUACAAGAUUUACUCGAUGAAAUCUGCCCUGAACGUGAAAACACUUAUUUUGACACUUCUCGGUUAAACAAUACCACCAAAUCUUCCGUGUGUGAAAUAAAACUAAAACGAAUUGAAAUUAAACCAUUCUCUGGUGACUAUGAGGAUUGGUUUGCAUUUCAAAACAUGUUUGAGAGUAUGGUUCACCAUAACGUAGAUCUCUCAGAUAUACAGAAACUGCAAUACUUACUGUCUUCGCUAGCAAAAACACCUUUAGAACUAAUAAGUCAUCUCCCAAUCGAAGGCAAAUCAUAUAGCUCUGCCUGGGAAAUUUUAGUUGAUAGGUAUAAAAAUACGCGAAAACUUGUUAAUGCUCAAAUCAGAAGAUUAAUGGAGCAGCAAAAACACACACACGAAUCGGCGUCGGGUCUAAAGUCCUUGCAUGAUGUAACGACAUCAUGUAUUCAUGCACUUGCAAAUUUGAACAUUAAAGUUGAUGCUUGGGACUGCAUUUUAAUUUAUGUGGUGUACCAAAAACUCCCUCUUCAAACUCAAAAAGAAUGGGAAUUUCGUUUGGGGACAUCAAAGGUUCUUCCAGAUUGGAAAACUUUUGCAGCCUUCUUACAGGCACGAUUCAGUUCGUUAGAACAAAUUUAUGACGAUAAGGAAUUUAAACAUCCAGCUUCAAACACGUCGUCGUUCAGAAAACCAUCGGGGUCGUUUCAUACGAAUAAGCAAUUUUCUUGCCGCCUGUGCAAGGCCGACCACGGAAUACGAUUCUGUAGACAGUUUUCGAAUAUGGGUGUGAAAGCACGUAUUGAAGCCAUGAAGCGAAAUUCGAUUUGUUCAAACUGCUUAGGAUAUGACCACCAUUCAUCCACGUGCAGCAGCAGUAAUCGCUGCAUCAAAUGUGGAUUAAAGCACCACACUAUGUUACACAUAGAAACGCAACAAAAUAGAAACAAUACGAAUCUACCGAGUACAUCAUCUCAAAGACAAAAUAACAACUCAGCCCACCAUCAAAAUCAGUUUAGAAGACAAGGCAAUAAUUACGAAAACUAUAACGUUAAUUUAGUGCAAAAUCCUGAUCAUUUUUCUCUUCAAAGCAGCGAACAAGAGAAUUCAACAAAUCCACAAACUGCUCGUACCUUUUUUAACAAUAUACGUUCGAAGGGAUUGCUGGCAACAGCACGAGUUAAGGUUUUCGCUCCCAAUGGAACAGCUCAUGUUCUGAGAGCACUAAUCGACCCUGGCUCUGAAAUUAGCUUUGUAACAGAAAAUGUCACACAGCUCCUUAAACUAAAAAAAGAAAAAACAUUGGUCAACGUUACCGGGUUAGGUCAAACCUUGACAGGCACCUCCAAGUCCAAGGUUGACCUCACCAUAUACUCUAUGACAAAUCCAUUAUUUUCCCUUGAAAUUCAAGCCUUUGUUUUGUCCCAACUAACAACUUUGGUACCAACACAGGAAGUUGACUCAUCUGAUUGGAUCCAUCUCGAUAACUUGUCACUGGCCGAUCCUUGGUUUUCUAUCCCUGGGAAGAUCGAUCUCUUGCUUGGAGCAGAUGUCUACGCAUCUAUCAUUUUGGAAGGGCUUGUAAAGGAAAAAAUUGGGUCUCCGGUUGCACAACAAACCGAGUUAGGAUGGAUUUUAACUGGAUCGUUCAGAUCUGAAGGCCAACAAACUAAACAAACUGUUCAGAAUCACUUCAACGCCAUCAUGGCGGAAGUAAGGCGUUUUUGGGAGAUAGAAGAAAACCUUGAUUACCGUAAACUAACGUUGGAAGAAGAAAAAUGUCAACAACAUUACAACGAAACCUUUCAAAGGAAAGAAGAUGGAAGGUAUGAAGUACAACUUCCCUUUAAGAACAACAUCCGACCGAUCCUUGGCGACUCUAAAAGAGCAGCAAUGGCGCGAUUUUUUCAAUUGGAAAAGCGAAUGGCAAUGAACAAAAAACUGAAGGAUGAGUACUCCAGCUGCAUAAAUGAGUACCUGACGAUGGGACAUAUGAAGGAAGUGACAUCCGUAACUGCCAUAACUGAAGGUAAUCAUUAUUACCUACCCCAUCAUGCGGUGUUCAAGGAGUCCACGACAACAAAACUCCGAGUAGUCUUUGAUGCCUCUUGUCCCACUUCUACUGGCUUAUCUUUGAACGACCAUUUGAUGGUCGGUCCACGUCUUCAAAGGGAUAUAAUCGACUUAAUAGCCCAAUGGAGAAAAUUCAAAAUAGCCUUUGCAGCUGAUAUCAGCAAAAUGUACAGACAAAUAUGGAUGGCUCCAAAAGACACCAUAUAUCAACUCAUAUUAUGGAGAGAUAGUGACACUGAACCAAUAAAAACAUUUGCUCUCAACACUGUCACGUUUGGUACAGCCUCUGCUCCCUAUUUGGCAGUGCGUACUCUACAACAAAUCGCUUUGGAUGUUGAGAAUACUCAACCUCAUGUAGCAAAGGCUAUCAAUGAAGGUUUCUACGUUGAUGACUUUUUAUAUGGGUCCGAUAACGAAGCGGACGCAACCACGUUACAAAGAGACGUUCUGACAGUCUUAAACCAAGCUGGAUUUCCUUUGCGUAAGUGGGCAAGCAAUUCGUCAAACAUUUUGGUUCAGAUACCUAAAACUGAAAGAGAAGUUAAUCUACCGAUGGAUUUUGACUCUACUGAUUCUAUAAAAACACUCGGUAUCCAAUGGCAUCCAGCGAAAGAUGUCUUCACAUUCAAGAUUAAUCUUCCCAACACUGAUAAAUAUACAAAACGAUCUGUCCUGGCUGACAUCUCACGUCUUUUUGAUCCAUUAGGAUGGAUUGCGCCUUGCAUCAUUAAGGCAAAAUUAUUAAUGCAACAACUAUGGGUCGACGAGUUAUCUUGGGAUUCAACUUUACCCGAUGCACUUAAAAUAAGUUGGCUUGACCUAAGAAACAAUCUUAAGAAAUUAGAAGAGAUUCAAAUACCUCGCUGGAUUAACUUUGAAAAUUCAUCCUUGAUUCAACUACAUGGAUUUUGUGAUGCUUCGGAGAAAGCCUAUGCUGCAGUUAUAUACGCAAGAGUUGUUAAAGAUGGAGAAGAGGUUAUUCAUCUUAUAGCAUCGAAAACCAGAGUAGCUCCCAUUAAAAGUAUAUCACUGCCUAGAUUGGAACUGUGUGCAGCACUUCUGCUUGCAAAGCUCAUUCAUCGUAUUUCAAGAUCUAUGCAACUUGAAACUGUAGACAUCUCUGCUUGGUCUGACUCUAUGAUCACCUUAGCAUGGAUCAGAGGAAGCCCAUCAUUAAGAACGACAUUUGUCGCGAAUCGAGUAGCUGAAAUUCAGUCUCUCACUGAAACAACUAUAUGGCAUCACGUAAAUGGCAAGGAAAACCCCGCUGACAUUGUCUCAAGAGGACUAUCGCCUAAAGAUGUUAUUGAUAGUGAAAUGUGGUGGCAUGGGCCACCAUUUCUGAAAAAUUUUGUCAAAGAUGAGCGUAAGAACGUAAUACCUAUUGAAACUGACCUCGAAACAAAAAGAACUAAUUUAUGUUCUAUGACAAUACCAUUUUCUUAUCAAGAAAACGUUAAUAUCUCACCGUCAAACAUUGGUAAUGUAGUUUUCAGUUAUCUUUUAAACAUAAACCCAAUUAUAGACAAAUACUCAACUCUUAAACGUCUUGUACGAAGUGUUGCAAUAUGGCGCAGAUAUUUUUAUAAUCUACUACACAAAGACAGCAGAAAAUCACUUGUUACACAUCCUUUACAAUCAGAUGAAUUAAUUUCAACUCAAAAUCAAAUAAUUAGGUUUGUUCAAAAAGAAUGCUUCCCUGAAGAAAUAUCUAGUUUAGAAAACAAAAAAUCUAUACCAAAGAGUAGCCACAUUCGAAGUCUUAACCCUUUUAUCGCUAGUGAUGGUAUGUUACGAGUAGGUGGAAGGCUAACAAACUCAACACUAAGUUUCAAUCAGCAACACCCUGUAAUACUAAAAAACUCCCAUCCCUUUGUUAAGCUCUUGAUAUCGGACAUUCAUCAAAGUACACUGCAUGGCGGUCAACAAAUUAUGAUGGCCACAAUAAGAAAUUUAUAUUGGAUUACAAAUGUUAAAAGGACAAUUAAAUCCGUCAUUUAUCAUUGCGUUCGAUGUCAUCGAUACAACGCGAAGGUGCAAGAGCAGCUUAUGGGUAGCCUACCUGCAGAGAGAGUGAUUGCAUCCAGACCAUUUACAAAUACAGGAGUUGACUAUGCUGGACCAAUUGAAAUAAAGAUGUGGAAGGGUAAAUGCAAUAAAUUUUCAAAGGGCUAUAUAGCCGUCUUCGUCUGUAUGUCUACUAAGGCCAUUCAUAUAGAGCUGGUCAGCGACUUAAGCUCGGUUGCCUUUAUAGCAGCAUUUAGAAGGUUUGUUGCCCGACGAGGAAGUUGUGCAAAUAUGUUUAGCGACUGCGGAACAAACUUUAAGGGAGCAAACAACGAGAUGCGAAAAGAUAGCAAGUUCAUUUCAUCUGAGUGGUCUUCAGAAGUAAGUGAAGCUCUUGCUGCUCAAAACACGAAAUGGCAUUUCAAUCCUCCAUCAUCACCACAUUUUGGAGGACUCUGGGAGGCAGGAGUGAAGUCAAUUAAGUUUCACCUCAAACGAACUAUUGGCUGCUCUAAACUCACCUUUGAAGAACACACUACACUUCUGGCUCAAAUUGAAGCCUGCCUCAACUCCAGACCACUUUGCCCAAUGAGUUCAGAUCCAGACGACCUGUCAGUGCUCACACCUGGGCAUUUUCUUAUUGGAGCCCCACUCUGCACCCUUCCUGAGAGGAACCUUAUGGAACACAACAUCAAUGCUCUCAACAAAUGGAAAUACCUACAACGUCUCAAGCAGGAAUUUUGGAAGCAAUGGAGCUCAUCAUACUUGCAUCACCUGCAGCAACGUCCAAAAUGGCUCAACCCAAAAGAGAACCUCAAGGUUGGAGAUAUUGUUCUCGUGAAGGAAGAUAAUCUUCCACCAUCAGCAUGGUUACUUGCAAGAGUAAUCGAAUUACAUCCCGGCGCAGAUGGUUUUACACGCGUAGUGACAAUAAAAACAAAAAACUCUAUUUUAAAACGACCAAUAUCAAAACUAUCACGACUACCAAUAUGUGAUCCGUCAAACAGUAAUAAAUAA